AUGCCGGAAGUUACCAACAACAAACCUCUGCGCAUCUCCAUUGAUCGCGGAGGAACCUUCACCGAUUGUAUUUGCAAAGUGACAAAUGGAGAAGACAUCUUGGUGAAGAUCUUAUCCGUUGACCCAAAGAACUACGAUGACGCGCCGACCGAGGCGAUUCGACGCGUUUUGGAGAUACACUAUAAAAUUGCACUUCCACGGGGCUCUGAAUUAGACCUCAAGGACGUUGAAUGGAUACGCAUGGGUACUACGGUUGCAACCAAUGCGCUACUCGAGCGCAAAGGUGAGCGCACAGCCUUGCUCGUCACGGAAGGUUUCAAAGAUAUCUUGUAUAUUGGAAACCAAAGCCGACCAUAUAUGUUCGAUUUGUCAAUCCGCCGAUCAAAACCGCUAUACUCAGAUGUCUUUGAAGUAAAAGAGCGCGUUACGGUUGGGGCAUGCAGCGACUCAAACCUCCGCGCUGUGAAGCUGCUUUCUCCCGAGCCAGCCGAGUCGAUCGUUACUGCUUCUGGCGAAGUUGUUCAUGUACUUCAGUCCAUCGACUUGACAAGUACUCGGGAUUAUCUGCAAGAUAUCUAUAACAAGGGUUUCCGCUCGUUGGCAGUGUGCCUGAUGCAUUCCUAUAUCUUCCCAGCGCAUGAGUUGCAGAUCGGUGAAUUGGCAUCGGAGAUUGGAUUCAAAUACAUCUCUCUUUCACAUCAAACAUCUCCUCGGCCAAAGCUAGUGCCCCGUGGAAAUUCGACAGUCGUCGACGCAUACCUGACUCCGAAUAUUGAACAAUACCUAGCGCAAUUCUUGAAGAAUUUCCCCAACAUCGAACAGUCUGGAACUCGACUGGAGUUCAUGCAGUCUGACGGUGGGCUGGUACCCUCCUCCAAGCUCUCGGGGUUGCACUCCAUCCUCUCUGGUCCGGCGGGAGGUGUCAUAGGAUUCUCACAAACAUCUUUCGACACACAAGAGCAGACCCCUGUGAUUGGAUUUGAUAUGGGAGGUACUAGCACCGACGUCAGUCGAUACAACGGUGACCUCGAUCACAUAUUCGAAACAACGACUGCGGGCAUCGCGAUCCAAGCGCCACAACUCAACGUGAAUACCAUAGCAGCGGGCGGAGGAAGCAUACUGGCUUGGAAAGACGGUCUCAUGGCUGUUGGCCCGGAGAGUGCCACCUCCAAUCCUGGGCCGGCCUGUUACCGUCAAGGAGGCCCUUUGACUGUGACCGAUGCCAACCUAGCGCUGGGACGGUUACUCCCAGAAGAAUUUCCUUCGGUAUUUGGUGUCAAUGAAGACGAACCGUUGGACAGGGAGAUUGUUCUUGCAAAGUUCAAGGAUCUCACCCAGAGUAUAAACGCAGAGACAGGCAAAUCGUUGACUUGGGCUGAGGUUGCAGAUGGUUUCCUUCAAGUCGCCAAUUCCGCAAUGUGCGGGCCCAUUCGGAGUCUGACUGAGGCCAAAGGUCAUGAUGUUGCAAAGCAUCACCUUGCAUCAUUUGGUGGCGCAGGUGGUCAACAUGCCUGUGCUAUCGCCGAAGCCCUGGGUAUAAAGAAAGUCUUGAUUCACAAGUACUCUUCCAUCCUAUCCGCUUAUGGAAUUGGAUUGGCAGAUCUCGUGCACGAGGAAGAGCGGGUGUGCUCAAAAGCCUUUGACCACACUACGUCUCAAACAAUAUACGACGAUAUAGAAAUUCUUUCAGAGGUUGUUCGAAGCAAUGAGUCGAUGCAACCAUUCAACAAUGUUCAGAUCCGUCGUUUCAUGAAUAUGAGAUACGAUGGCAGCGAGACUGCAAUAAUGGUCUCCCUGCAUACCUCCAAAGAUCCUCGUGAAGACUUUAUCGCAGCCCAUCAUCAGCAAUUUGGAUUCACUCCUACCAAACGCGCUGUCUAUGUUGACACUAUUCGCGCUCGAGCAAUUGGGUCCAGUGUUUUCUCUGAGACCUCGGCCCCGUCUUUGAAUCUUCACCCCAAGUUGACCUCUGAACCAAUGGCCCCAGUUCCAAAAUCAUGGAAUUCGACUUACUUCAACCCAAUUGGAUGGGUAGACACACCGGUAUACCAUUUUGAAAAUUUGACGGAUGGACUUGAUAUCUCAGGACCUGCCCUUGUGAUCGAUAAGACCCAGACAAUCUUGGUUAGCCCACACUCGAAGGCGACAUUGGUGAAGGAUGUACUGGUCCUGGACGUGAGUUCCUCAGGCCCCAAAGUGGCGAGCGCAGAUGUCAUCGACCCAGUUCAGCUUUCCAUUUUCCGCCAUCGGUUCAUGGGCGUUGCAGAGCAAAUGGGACGCGUUCUUCAAAAUGUCAGCAUAAGUGCCAAUAUCAAAGAGCGACUUGAUUUCACGUGCGCGAUAUUCACACCUGAAGGAGAUCUGGUUGCCAACGCACCCCAUGUACCCGCCAUGAUUGGUAGUAUGGCUUUUGCAGUCAGAUCUCAAAUUGCCGAGUGGCAGGGCAAGCUACAGGAUGGUGAUGUCUUGCUCUCUAAUACACCUGCUUUUGGGGGUGUACAUCUUCCGGAUCUCACAGUCAUUACACCUGUCUUUGACUCUGAUGGAAAAGAUAUCAUAUUCUGGGCUGCUUCUCGCGGUCACCACGCCGACGUCGGGGGCAUACUCCCUGGCUCAAUGCCACCCUUGUCAAAGCUUCUCUCCGAAGAGGGCGCAGUCUUCGACUCAUAUUUGCUGGUGCGUGCUGGUCAUUUCGAUGAGGAAGAGCUCCAUCGCAUGCUGUGCGUUGUUCCUGCAGAGUUCCCAGGAUCCAGUGGAUCCCGAUGCUUCCAGGAUAAUGUCACAGAUCUCAAAGCACAGGUUGCUGCAAACCACUGUGGUAUCCGACUUGUGCGGCAGCUCAUUGAGGAGUAUUCCAUGGACGUCGUUCAAAUGUAUAUGCGCGCAAUUCAAGACUCAGCAGAACUGGCAGUGCGAAAUCUUCUGAAGCGUAUUUCUCAAGAUCACAACGGAGAGGAGAUAUCAGCGGUCGACUACAUGGAUGACGGAACUCCGAUCAUGCUCAAAGUGACCAUUGACCCAUCAGAUGGUUCCGCCAUCUUUGACUUCACAGGAACUGGCCCAGAAGUUUAUGGAAAUUGGAAUGCCCCAAUCGCGAUUUGCAAUUCAGCGGUGAUCUUCGCUUUGCGCUGUAUGGUCAACUCUGACAUUCCUCUCAACCAAGGUUGUAUCAAACCCGUACAGCUCAUCAUCCCCGACAGGUCACUGUUGCGACCAAGCUUCGAAGCUGCAGUAUGUGCGGGUAAUGUAUUGACCUCGCAACGGAUAGUCGACAUUAUCUUCAAGAGCUUCAAGAUUUGUGCUGCUAGCCAAGGGUGCAUGAAUAACUUCACCUUUGGAAACGACGGAGAGAACGGCUUCGGAUACUACGAAACCAUCGCUGGUGGGAGUGGCGGAGGCCCCACCUGGGCUGGUACAAGCGGCGUCCAUACCAACAUGACCAAUACUCGCAUCACCGACCCUGAAUCACUCGAGCGUCGCUACCCUGUUAUUCUGCGUCGUUUCUGUCUUCGCGAUGGUAGUGGCGGCGCUGGCAUGUAUCCGGGAGGAGAAGGUGUGAUCAGAGAUGUUGAGCUGCGGCUGCCGAUGUCUGUGUCUAUUCUUUCCGAGCGCCGUAGCUUUUCGCCGUACGGAAUGGCAGGAGGUGCGGACGGCAAGCGUGGGAAGAAUACUUGGGUCACCAAGGCUGGCCGGCAUAUCUCCGUUGGUGGAAAAAACUCAAUCCGUGUUCAGCCUGGGGACAGGUUCGUCAUUGAGACUCCUGGUGGCGGUGGAUACGGAGCCCCUGGGGAGAUGGAGAGUCACAUCGUGGAUCAAUCAACGAUUAUGCCGUCGUUUGUUCCUAUCGCCAACGGCAGUUUGGCCGCUAAUCGGAGUUUGGCAGAGGAGGUUUAG